AUGAAAGCUCUCCUAGUUCUGGGGCUUCUCCUCCUUUCUGCCACUGUUCAGGGCAAGAAAUUUCAGAGGUGUGAGCUUGCCAGAACUCUGAAAAGACUUGGAUUGGCUGGCUAUCGGGGAGUCAGCCUGGAAAACUGGAUGUGUUUGGCCAGAUGGGAAAGCAAUUACAACACACGUGCUACAAACUACAAUCGUGGAGACAAAAGCACUGAUUAUGGGAUAUUUCAAAUCAAUAGCCGCUGGUGGUGUAAUGAUGGCAAAACCCCAAAAGCAGUUAACGCCUGUGGUAUACCCUGCAGCGCUUUGCUGAAAGAUGACAUCACUCAAGCUGUAGCAUGUGCAAAGAGGGUUGUCAGAGAUCCACAAGGCAUUAGAGCAUGGGUGGCAUGGAGAAAACACUGUCAAAACCGAGAUCUCAAGAGUUAUGUUCAGGGUUGCAGAGUGUAA